AUGCCCCUUCUCUCUCCCCUCAUUAAUGAAGAUACUGUUCAUCUGACAAUUGAUUUCAUGGAUCCCACGUUAAAGCUGAUAGCCAUCGUUUCACCUCUCUCCCAGUCCCAUCCACACAGUCAUGACGUGUCCUUGCUGUGUUCCGUGUUCUACACACUCGUUACCCUCGGGAAGGGACGACCUCGGGAAACAACGAUCUCGCCCUUCUCGAAACUUGGAGGGCUUAGUGAGGAUGGUUGUUUCGGCCCGGAUAGCCCGGGGCCUCACCCUGUGAUGCUUCCAGAAGUGCCGCCUCAGCCCACUAUCUAUCUGAACCUGACCACUGUCCUGACGCAGCUUCCCACAGAGACCAGUCAAAUCAACUUGAUACACUAUCUAGGACAAAUCUCUGGGGACCUGCAUGACUCCCGAGCAUCCUGGAAUGAAAGGCAUGAUCCCCGAGCAUCCUGGUAUGGAGUCGCAGCUUGUCUUGUAUGUCAAAAGCCAAGAGAUCUGCUCUCAAAAGAGCAACAACAACGACAAAGAGAGCCUGCCUUGGAAAGUAUCGACGGCUCCGACAAGGAGGGCAGUGGCAAUGACAGCCAAGAGAGAAGCAGUAGCGACAAGGAGGGCAAAUUAUAUAACAGCCAAGAGGGAAGCUGCAGCAACAAGGAGGGCAGUGACAGUCGCAGUGAUAGCGACAAAGAUGGCAGGUUGGAGAAUGUCCGGAAGAAGCGAAAGUUAGAGAAGUUGCCUGCAAUUGUUGAGGAGGCGGUGGAGGAGGAGUAUCGGAAGGCAAAAGUGUGGAAGGAAUGGUUGGAUCGUAGAAAGAAGGAAGCGAAGGAGUUUGACUUGGAGGGCUGGAAAGAGAGGAAUGGGGACCUCAGCCACAAAUCAAGGGAGCAAAUUCGGGAGGAACUUCAGGAGUAUUGCAAGUCGGUGCCCUCUUUUCCAUCUAACCUUGGUGCAAUUGGUGGGGUUGACGAUGUUGUCAAGUCUUUCUUCGUCCACGAUGUAGAUCCUAAUUUAUGGGAAAAAUACGUGGUAGAGUGUCGAGAAAGUGAGGGAUUUGAUGUGGUUACAUAUCCAGGUCCUUCUCCGUACCUUCUCGUUAGGCCAAUCACCUCUUAUUUGAAAAACCCUGAACUGCAUCAAGAACUCAUCCAGUUGGCUACUAGGGCCCUGGAGGAGGUUUUUGCUCCCCGUUCAGUUAGAAAUAUGAUGAACAUUACUGGAUCUCUGUUUAGGAGGUAGACCACCAGAGAAGUAAUCACCUUUACUCCUAUCUACAGUCUGCAACUGAUGCAUCUUGAGACGGCUUAAGCUUGGCGUUCAGGCAAUGGGCUACCAAAAAGAGAUGCUGGAUCAACCAUUCUAAACCCAAAAAUCUUGGUGGAGAGGUCAUAUCACUUUGUUUGGCGUAAAUGACUGAA